AUGAGAUCCCCAAGAUCCCCAACCCCCAAAAGUAGUACUAUAAUCUGGAAUGAAGCAGAGCUAAGAUCAUUCAUCAAUCUCAUGGUUGAUAAUGUCCGAAACGGAUUGAAGACAAACUCAACAUUCACAAAGGUUGGUUGGGACAACAUUACAAAAGGGCUUGAAGCCGAAUUCAAAAGGCCCUUUGCGAAAGUACAACUGCGUAACAAGAUGAAUAAGUUACGCAAGGAGUACAACAGCUUCAGGGCUUUGUUAGAAACAACUGGUUUUAGAUGGGAUGCGAAUGCUCGGACUGCCACAGCUGAUGAUUCAGUAUGGGAAUCUGCUAUUCAGCCAGAGUUGUUAGAGAUCUUCUCCGACUCUAGUGCCUGUGGGGAUAGAGGUCUGUCACAGGCAACAGUUGUAACUCCAACGUCAACUAACCUUGAAAUUGAUGAUGAUUUACAUGACACUGAUAAUGAUGACAGUGAUGCUUGUAUUGGGACACCCAAUGGGUCAGCUCCUCCGAAGCGGCGACAUGAUAGGACUCCUACGAAUCGUAGGAGGAAGAGCCACACACGGACACUCACGAACUCCGUUGAGGACUUUAGAACCUUUGUCCGAUGGAGGAUGGAAAAGGGAUCAACCUCUGCCACCUCAGCAGUUACCCGACCACCUAACCCUAUUGUUGAUGGACCAUAUAGCAUGAUGAGCUGUCAGAAGCUACUGGACAGUUUGGAGGAUAUCCCGACGGAUUUGUAUGUGUUGGCACAGCGUAAGAUACACAGUGAUCCUGGAUGGCGCAUGUCUUUUAUUGAAGUGAGACCUGACGGGAGGUUAUGGAUGCUACAUGGUCUGAAGGAGUGA